UUGCCCUGCUCCUUUCUGAAAGCUGACUCCUUUCUCCGUCUUCCUCUCCUAUAAAGCAAGAACCGUCGCCUCCCCUCUCCUGAGCUCCCACUCUCUCUCUCUCUCUCUCUCUAGAUCCUCCCUCCCCUCCCCAACAAUGGCUUUGCCUCCUGCCUUCUAUUUCCUCUCUUUCUUCCUCCUCUUCUCUCCGAGUGCUCUGCUCGGCCACCCCCACCCCCAUCCGCACCCCGCGGGGAGUCCGCAGCCGAGCUCCGGUAGCACCCUCCGGUCCACCUGCGCUCCGACGCGGUUCCCGGCUGACUGCCAACGGGUGCUCUCUGGCCACCUGAGUCCCUCCGGCUCCCCCUUCGAGCUCGCCCAGGCCACCAUCUCAGCCAGCCUAGCGAAGGCCGACUCGGCCUCCCAGUUCGUCACCAACGCCCUGAAGAACCAUCCCCCGGUGGGGCGCGAAGGGGCCGCGCUCCACGACUGCGCUGAUGAGCUCUCCCAGUCUCUCGACGAGCUCAGCCGGUCCCUCGCAGAGAUCCGCAGUUCCACCGCAGCCGGCUCCGCGCCGAGCCGGUGGCAGCUCUCCAACGUCGAGACUUGGGUCAGCGCGGCGCUCACCAACGACGACACGUGCCUCGACGGCUUCCGCUCCAUCGAGGGCGCCAUCAAGACGGCCGUCCGCUCCAGGGUCACCGAUGUCGCACGCGCAACCAGCAAUGCGCUCUACUUCAUCAACCGGCUCGCGUCGCGCUGAGCCGUGCCGUGUCUUUGCUUCCGCUGGCCGUGGAAGCAAGGGGCGGUUUAUAGGAAACGUAUGCGAAGCGCGUGAAGCGUGACGUGUGGUAAAAUAGGGGAAAAGAUAGAAGCGUGUCCUGGUUCUGCUUCGGUUUUGCUCCGUUAUUAUAUUAUAUGUAUUUUCCUUUUUUGUCAAUAUGUAACGGUCAAGUGUUGAUAAUAUAUACGUAUAUAUUCUCUUAA